UUCAACAGGAUGGGUGAAUUAAGUGUUUCUGAAGUCAACGUUAUGAGGGAUGAGCAGUUCGAGUGGGUGUUCAGGAAUGUGAUAGAGCUACGGUCGGAGGCGGCCGCGUGUGUGAGGGAAAUGCGUCCGUUCACAGACGCGUCUGACCUCUGUGCCGCGUUCCACAAAUAUUUGGACGAACUCAGUGUUGGAGGCAAGUUACAGGUGCUGAAAUCACAUCCUGACUUAGCUGGUCGUCUCGCAGCGAAAGGAGAACUCACGCAGGAGUCGACAGAGGAACAGCGCAGCGCAGGAUUGAACGAAUUGACUGUUGAACAGAAAGCUACUAUGGAUUUCAAUAAUGAAAGGUACAAAAAGAAGUUUGGAUUCCCAUUUAUUAUUUGUGCAAGGCAAAACAAAAUUCAAUCUAUCAUUGAGGGUUUGAGGAACCGAUACAAUCACACAACGGAACAGGAAAUCGAUAUUGGCAUUAAUGAAGUGAAAAAAAUAUGUACGCUUAGAAUACUUGAUAUCGUAAUGAAUAGUUAAUGUUCUUUCAACCUUAAAUAGUAAUU